UCAAAUGCGUCAAUUUGUUCUACUCCUAAUUAAUUUCAAUUUGUUCAUAUUUGAGAGUCAAAUCCCAACUCCAAUGGCGCCAUAAAUGCCAAAAUCUGAAUCCUCUUUCAAGAUCCAAACACCGUCCGUCCGCCAUGGAAAUCGCCUCCUCCACAACCAAGGAUCCCAAAUCCAUCCGCUCCCGUCGACGCCGCAACACCUGCAUCGGAGUCUCAAUCGCCACCGUCCUCCUCCUCAUAGUUCUAAUCGUCAUUUUAGCCUUCACAGUCUUCAAAGCCAAACGCCCAAUCACCACCAUCAACUCCGUAGCCCUAGCCGACCUUGAUUUGUCGCUCAACAUAGCCAGAUCCGCCGUCGGCCUCAACAUCACAUUAAUCGUCGACGUCUCAAUCACAAACCCUAACAAGGUCGGAUUCAGCUAUUCCAACAGCACCGCACUGCUCAAUUACAGAGGCGAACUUAUCGGCGAGGCGCCGAUUCCGUCUGGCCGUAUCAAUGCGAACCAGAGCAAGCGGAUGAACAUCACGGUCACGAUCAUGGCGGAUCGGCUUCUGAGGUCGUCGACGGUGUUGUCCGACGUCGUCGCCGGAUCUAUGCCGUUGAAUACGUACACGAGAAUUUCAGGUAAGGUGAGGAUUUUGGGGAUUUUCAAAAUUCGAGUUGUUUCGAGUACGUCCUGUGAUUUCACGAUCGAUAUAUCAGAUAGGAAAAUUGGAGAUCAGCAGUGUAGUUAUCAUACAAAGAUCUAAUUGCUUAAGCGCUUUUAAAUCGUAAAUUAUGAACAGAUUUGUAGGUGAAUUUAGAGCUGUUCUUCCACUGUUCUAUUUGGUUUAUUUGAUUUUGUUACUAUUUUUGAAGCGUUCUUUUUUAAAUCGUAAAUUAUGAACAGAUUUGUAGAUGGAUUUAGAGCUGUUCUUCCACUGUUCUAAUUGGUUUAUUUGAUUUUGUUACU